UUGGGUCGGGUUAAUGACGUGAUUCCGGAUCACCACCGGAACGUUCUUCCACAACCCACUGCCGCCACCGAUUUUGUGUGUGGUGGCACUGUCUUGGACUCCUUGUCCCAUUUGAAAAAAAUUAUACCUCCGAGUUUUCCUUAUCUAACCCCAAAUUAAUUAUUUAGGGCUUUGAGUUGUAGUGUUUCAUCGUCAUAAUUUGGGGCUCAUGGCCACUGAGACACCACAACCGAACUCGCUCUCUCUUUCUGAUGCGAAUGCAGAUAAGCUUAACGUCGAAGCUGCUGAAAGGCUUGCUAAUGAGGCACUGCGGUUGCCAAUGUCAGAUGCAGUGCCCAUAUAUGAGCAUCUUCUGGCCAAUUUCCCCACUUCGGCAAAAUACUGGAAGCAAUAUGUUGAGGCUCUCAUGGCCAGCAACAAUGAUGAAGCAACAAAACAAGUUUUUAGCCGUUGUCUUUUGAAUUGCUUGCAAGUUCCUCUUUGGCGCUGUUACAUUCGCUUCAUAAGGAAAGUUAAUGAUAAGAAGGGAAUAGAGGGUCAAGAAGAGACAAAGAAAGCUUUUGAAUUCAUGCUUAACUAUGUUGGAUCGGAUAUAGCAUCUGGCCCUGUAUGGAUGGAGUAUGUUGCAUAUCUAAGAUCACUACCUGCACAAACAACUUUAGAAGAGUCGCAGCGGAUGACUACCAUACGUAAACUAUACCAGAGGGCUAUUGUUAUGCCUACUCAUCAUGUUGAACAACUUUGGAGAGACUACGAGAAUUUUGAGAAUUCAGUGAGCCGUGCACUGGCAAAAGGGUUGGUGACUGAAUAUCAACCAAAAUAUAACAGUGCAAGGGCUGUUUACCGAGAACGUAAGAAGUAUGUUGAUGAAAUUGACUGGAAUAUGCUUGCUGUUCCUCCUUCUGGUACUCCUAAGGAGGAAAUGCAAUGGGUGGCCUGGAAAAAGUUAUUAAGUUUUGAGAAAGGUAAUCCACAGAGAAUUGACAAUGCUUCAGCAAAUAAAAGGAUAACAUUUGCUUAUGAACAGUGCCUCAUGUACUUGUAUCAUUACCCUGAUAUAUGGUAUGACUAUGCCAUGUGGCAUGCCAUAAAUGGUUCACAAGACUCAGCUAUUAAAGUUUUUCAACGCGCACUGAAGGCUCUUCCUGAUUCGGAUAUGCUUAAGUAUGCCUAUGCUGAGCUAGAGGAGACUCGUGGGGCAGCUCAGGCGGCAAAAAAAGUGUAUGAAAGUCUUCUUGGAGAUGGCGUGAAUGCAACAGCAUUAUCUCACAUCCAGUUUAUACGAUUCUUAAGGAGGACUGAAGGAGUUGAAGCUGCUCGCAAAUACUUUCUGGAUGCCCGAAAAUCUCCGAACUGCACCUACCAUGUUUAUGUUGCAUAUGCAAUGAUGGCAUUCUGUCUAGAUAAAGAUGCAAAGCUUGCACACAACAUAUUUGAAGCAGGUCUCAAACGUUUUAUGCAUGAACCCAGCUACAUUCUUGAAUAUGCUGAUUUCUUGUGCCGCUUGAACGAUGAUAGAAAUAUCCGUGCUUUGUUUGAGCGUGCUUUGAGCUCACUUCCACCUGAUGAAUCUGUUGAGGUAUGGAAAAGAUUCGCCCAAUUCGAGCAGACGUAUGGAGAUCUUACCAGCAUGUUAAAGGUUGAGCAAAGGAGGAAAGAAGCUUUAUGCCGUAUGACUGAGAAUGGAGAAUCAGUUUUAGAAAAUUCUCUGCAAGAUGUCAUUUCGCGGUAUAGUUUCAUGGAUCUGUGGCCUUGCUCAACGAAGGACUUGGAUCAUUUAUCUCGGCAAGAGUGGCUCUUUAGAGGUGUCAAUAAGAAGAUUGAAAAUCCUACUCCUGUAAAUGGACCUAGCUCUGCAGAUCGGACUACAGCAGACAUUCAAAUUAAUUCAAAUGUUUCUGGCAAGGUUGUUUAUCCAGAUGUAUCAAGAAUGGUGAUUUAUGCUCCUGGACAAAAGCCUGGGAUCACAACCCCGGUGGUAUCAGGUGUUUCAAGCACAUUGCCAAAUGGCAUUAGUGGAGGAGCAGCUACAAUCAAUGAUACACUGAAAUCAUUACCUCCAACAUUGGCAGUCUUUGUAUCAAAUUUGCCAGCCGUUGAAGGUCCAUCUCCCGAUGCUGAUUUUGUAGUAUCCAUAUGUUUGCAAAGCAACAUACCACCAGCUAGUGCAAAACCCAGUGCACCUCAACAAUUGCCAUCUGGACCUGUUCCAAGUGCCAGUGAUGUCUCUGGUUCAAGUAAAUUAAGACAAACAAGAGAUAGGCAAGCUGGAAAGAGAAAAGGAAUGGAGAGGCAAGAUGAUGAUGACACGUCUACUAUCCAAAGCCAACCACUACCUAAAGAUGCUUUCAAGAUACGGCAACUGCAGAAAGCGCUUGGCACUAGUUCGCGUACUGGUGGAGCUAGUUCUCGUACCGGUGGAACCAGUUCGCGAACUGGUGGCUCUGCAUCAUAUGGGAGUGGAUUUUCAGGCGAUUUCUCUGGAAGUUCGGGUUGAUGGUUUUUAAGUUACAAAUUGUUGUUGUUUGUAUAUUAUUGUUAGAAUUUGUUCCAGAUGUGCUCAUUUGUCUGUAGAGUGGGUGGUUAGUAUAUAAACAAUUUUUUUCUUAUUAGCUCUGGGUUUAGUUCCGUGCCUUGUCUGUAAAAUCAGAUGGAUUGAUUGAAGGAUUUUAAUUGUUGUUUA